UGCUGCUGCCACAGCUAUGGUAUCAGUAAUUAACACCGUGGACACCUCUCAUGAGGACAUGAUUCAUGAUGCCCAGAUGGACUAUUAUGGCACCCGCCUAGCAACCUGCUCCUCGGACAGGUCCGUCAAAAUCUUUGAUGUGCGAAACGGAGGGCAGAUCCUCAUUGCAGACCUCAGAGGACAUGAAGGGCCAGUAUGGCAGGUAGCCUGGGCCCACCCCUUGUAUGGCAACAUCCUGGCUUCCUGUUCCUAUGACUGGAAAGUCAUUAUCUGGAAGGAGGAAAACUGCACUUGGGAGAAGACUCAUGAGCACUCGGGACACGACUCCUCGGUGAACUCUGUAUGCUGGGCCCCUCAAGACUAUGGCCUGAUUUUGGCCUGUGGGAGCUCCAACGGGGCCAUCUCCCUGCUGACCUAUACAGGGGAAGGCCAGUGGGAAGUGAAGAAGAUUAACAACGCUCACACGAUUGGCUGUAACGCUGUCAGUUGGGCCCCUGCUGUUGUGCCUGGAAGCCUCAUAGACCAACCAUCAGGGCAGAAGCCCAAUUAUAUCAAGAAGUUUGCAUCAGGUGGCUGUGACAACCUCAUCAAGCUCUGGAGGGAGGAGGAAGACGGCCAAUGGAAGGAGUAGCAGAAGCUAGAGGCACACAGCGACUGGGUUCGAGACGUUGCCUGGGCCCCCUCCAUUGGCCUGCCUACCAGCACCAUUGCCAGCUGCUCUCAGGACGGUCGAGUGUUUAUCUGGACCUGCGAUGAUGCCUCAGGCAAUAUGUGGUCACCCAAACUCCUGCACAAGUUCAAUGAUGUUGUGUGGCACGUGAGCUGGUCCAUCACAGCAAACAUCCUGGCCGUGUCAGGUGGAGACAAUAAGGUGACCUUAUGGAAAGAGUUGGUGGAUGGACAGUGGGUGUGCAUCAGCGAUGUCAACAAGGGCCAGGGUGCCGUGUCUGCCUCCAUCACAGAGGGCCAACAGAAUGAGCAGUGACAACACAGGUGGCCUGGUCUUCUUGUUUCCAGGACUGCCUAUUCUAGAACAACAUCCAGACAACUGGGAAGAAGGGUCCCAAUGCUA